AUGGCAUCAAUAGUGGCACUUGGCAGCUCUUUUAGCUUUGGAUUUCAAUUGCUCAUUACUAAUCCAGCACAAGGGUCAUUUAUAAAGAAAUUUCAGUUCCUAAACGCUUCUAAACACUCCAACGAUCCGGAUGACGCUAUCAUUGCUCAUUUGAAAAAUCAAUCGUCUGCUGAGAAAAAUAAUUCUGAAAAACUAGAACGAAAUUCAAGAUAA